UCUCUCUCCCUCCCUCUCUCCCUCUCUCUCUCCCCCCUCUCUAUCUCUCUCCCUCUCCCCACUCUCUCUCUCCCCCCUCUCAAUCUCUAUCUCUCUCUCCCUCCCUCUCUCUCUCUCUCCCCUCCCCCCCCCCCCCCUCUCUCUCUCUCUCAUGGCCAGCUUUAGUAUUUCGGCUAUUGUGGUACUAACAAUAUUAGCUGCAAAAGAAAUAGAAGGCGGCGGUGGUGCAGGAACAUGUAACAUAUACGAAGGAAACUGGAUAUAUGAUCCUUCGUAUCCACUUUACAAUCCCGCUGACUGCCCUUUCCUGGAGAGCAGAGAAUUCGAUUGCCAGAAAAAUGGCCGUCCUGAUAAAAACUAUCUCCAUUACAGAUGGCAGCCCACCGGUUGCAAUUUACCAAGGUUUGAUGCACAUGAUUUUCUACAGAGAUUCAGAGGAAAACAACUCAUGUUUGUAGGAGACUCAUUGAGUCUGAACCAGUGGCAGUCUCUCACUUGCAUGAUCCACACAUCACUGCCCCAAGCCCCGUAUAUUUCCAAUAAGAUCGGUGGUCUUUCGAAUUUUACAUUUCCGGAUUACAAGGUUUCCUUCUUGUUCUCUCGGAAUGCCUAUCUUGUUGACAUCAGAAGCGAGAUAAUUGGGCGAGUUAUGUACAUAGAGUCCGUAGAAUAUAGUCGUGGACUGUGGGAGGGAAUGGACUUCUUGAUUUUCGACUCGUGGCAUUGGUGGACUCAUACCGGAAGUGACCAGCUUUGGGAUUUUAUUCGAGAAGGAAAUGCAACAUACAAAGACAUGAACCGUCUAGUCGCGUACGAGAAAGCAAUCAACACCUGGGCCAAAUGGGCGAAUUCCAGAGCUGAUCCUGCAAAAAACAGACUAAUCUUUCAAGGUGUUUCUCCUGAUCAUGCAAGUCCACCCAAAACAUGUGUGGGCGCAGAGGCACCAUUACCUGGGCCAAGCCCAAAAGGAACCAACCAUCCAGCAGAAGCAGUGCUAGAAAAAGUGUUGAGUGGAGCCAAGGAAGUGUAUUUGCUGGACAUAACAGGCUUAUCAGAACUCAGAAUAGAUGCACACCCAUCAGCUUAUGGAUUUGGAGGCUCCAAGUUUCCUGACUGCAGCCACUGGUGUCUGCCUGGACUCCCUGAUGUUUGGAACCAGCUUCUCUACACAUAUCUCUUUCAAAUUUAAUCAACAUCCAUCAAUAAAAUUUGCCAAAACUUGAUCAAUUUUACUUUUACAAUCCAAAAAAAAGUCGUUGGUGCCUGUUGGCAGAAUAUUUUACUGAUUAUAGUUGCUGCUAUAUUUUUCUAUGAGA